AUGGCGCUCGAACUUGCAGACAAUGACAAAUACGAGGUCAAAGAGAUCAUCGGACGCGGUGCUUUUGGGAUCAUUCGCAAAGUUCGUCGGAGACACGAUGGUCAUAUCCUAUGUCGAAAAGAGAUCAACUACCUAAAGAUGUCCCAAAAGGAACGCGACCAACUACAUGCCGAAUUCUCUAUCCUAUCAUCUCUCAAACACCCCCAUAUCGUUGGCUACUUCCACCGCGAACACAUCAAGCACUCUCAAGAGCUAUAUCUGUACAUGGAGUAUUGCGGAGGUGGUGAUCUUGGCUCCGUCAUCAAAGAGCUCAAGAGGAAGAAUGAAUACGCCAAAGAAGAAUUCGUCUGGAGAAUUUUCAGUCAGAUCAUCACGGCACUCUACCGUUGUCACUAUGGAGUCGACCCUCCUGAACCUGGUAACGACCUUUCACGGCAGAAAGAUAUCCGCCAGGUAGUAGCUGGAAAGAUGAUUCUCCAUCGAGAUCUCAAACCCGAAAACAUCUUUCUGGGAGACGAUCAGUCUGUCAAGCUGGGAGACUUUGGCCUGUCAAAACUGAUGCACUCGCAUGAUUUUGCCUCGACCUAUGUCGGCACACCUUUCUACAUGUCACCGGAGAUCUGUGCGGCAGAGAAGUACACGUUGCACUCUGAUAUCUGGUCAUUGGGCUGUAUAAUGUACGAGCUCUGCACCAGAGAACCUCCAUUCAACGCAAACUCCCACCUGCAGCUUGUCCAACGUAUCCGAAAGGGCGAAUUCAAGCCUAUUCCAAAUGUCUACUCGAAAGACCUUGCCAAUGUUAUUGCCAGUUGUUUGAAGACGAACCCAAUGCAUCGACCAGACACGAUUUCAUUGUUGAGCUUGCCUUAUGUUUGGGUGGCUCGACGACAGCAAGAGAUGGUUAGCAUUGGCAAGGCAUUGAAGACCAGAGAGGAAAUCGCUGCGCAGAAGCUCAAGCAGGCCGAAGAAAGACUGUCCGCACUUGAGACUGACCAAGCCGCGAUGACUGCCGAGAUUGACGCUCGAGUGCGACGCGAAUGGGAAGUCAAGGCACGACUGGAGAUUGAUCGACAGGUUCAAAUGGAGCUUGAGAGUCUACGAAAACAAUUCAACAAGGAAGUUGAUGACCGCGUUGCCCAGAUAGUGGCGAAGCAGCAUCAAACCGUUGGCGGCUCGAGGCCACCAAGAGAGAUUCGCAACCAUAACAGUCCAGCUUACAACAAGGAGAACCUGGACCCGCUGUCAUCGGUCAACACCAAUGGCGAGGAGGACUUUCCGUCGACGACCGAUAUCACCGAUCUAUCUGACCUGUCUCUUAACUCCCCUAUCACUUCGAAUGGUACUUCAGCUUCGAAGCCGCCAAAGAAGUCGAAGACACCAUUUGCAAGAGCCAAGACUGGAUUCGACUCACCGGCCGACGUUCACAUGUCAGAGCCUUCACCAAUGUCUAUCUCUUCACUCGCAUUAUCACCUCGUCGGACAGCGGCUGCUCAAGCCACUGCCAACGCCAUAGUGACUGCCACUGGAGUCAAGAAUGUGUUUGCAGCAGCUGCCCGCCAGAAAGCAAAAUGGGAACCACAGCUGGCCUACUCUUCAGAUGAAGAAGAGAACGACCUUGAGGAAGACUCUGACGACGAUGGAUUUCCUGACCUGCCCAGUCCUACACGACCAAAGUCGAACCAGGCUAAUUUCGAUCCCUUCAAGAACCCUGCGCCGUUGCAAGGUAGAAGCAGGCCCGCCCUCAUUAGACAGCACACCACCGCAACCAUGCAGCAACUCACGGCCAAACCGACAUUGUUUCCUUCGAGUGGCGCAGCAUCACAAGUACGAGCAGGAAUAGCGGCAUCACGAAAAGGGGUGACUAGAGCCGCUACUGACGGUGAUAUCAUACCUACAGUAUCCAGGCCGGCAAGUCCCAGACGACUCAGCAAGAUACCAAGUCGAACUGAGCUCAAGGAAAAUACUGCUGUAGGAAGAGGCGACUUGAGCCCUCUCAGACGGGCUGCAACCACUGGUACCAGACUUGUCAGCAAGCUCGCUGCUAGCAAGGAAGCAACUGCGCCUCCCAGCGUUGGUGGUCGUACUUUGGUUGAGCUUGCCCAAGCGCGAGCUGGUGGCCGACCAAUGAGUGCCGCCAGAACUGGCUCGGAUCAGAAAUUGCUUGACAUGGAUCUUCCCGAACCUCCCGUCUGGGAUCCUGAGAUUCUCGGCGACGAAAUGCCCAGUCCAUUCUUGAAACGCGACUUCAAGACGAUCCGCUUGAUGCGAUGA